AUAUUUAUUUAGUAAUAUGUUACCAAACAUGGGAUUUUCAUAUAAUUGAAUGUAAAAAUGUGUAAAAAGAUGGUCGAAUCGGAAAGUUAAAAUGAUUUGAUAAUGAGUAACCGCCUUAAAAUUAAAACUAAAAUGAUGGAUUUGUUAUACUUCAGCAUUUUUAUACUGCUACCAAUGGGUAUAUUUGGGAGCAGUAUAACAGACAUACACAUAUCGAAACCGACUCCUACCCGAACAGGUGAGAUGGCUCACCUUAAAUGUAUAUUUUAUGGAGACAACUUUACUUUACAAUACAUUACAUGGAUACGUUAUGACAUUUACAAGCAACGAUCGUUUGUAUACGAAUACAGUCUCAUUCCUCCGUAUAAUCAAGCUUACAACGACCUGGAAGGUCGAGCAUUUCUAAACCUUACACUAAAUAAAACACCUGAAAGGGUUACACCUUUCCCCGAGUCUAUAUAUACAAGAGAGCCAAAUGAUAGCACGCCAGAGGACAGUAUGAAUAGAGAUAUACUUAUGAAUCCUCCAGAUCCAAAAUUGACAAAAUCAAGAUCAAGACUUUCUAAAAAUAAAGCUGCCACAAAUGAAAACGACAACUUAGUUAUUCAGACGGCUGGUGCCACAGCCAAAUCUGAUAACACACCAUCGAUGACUGUGCAAAUAAGUACAACGAAUGAUAUAAAUCCAACAAUAGAAACUUCGAGAGAAAAUGCCAUAUUGAAGGAUAUGGAAGAGGCUAUGCUACUAGACACUGGAGAGCCAAGAGCAAUGCGUCUCAAUGGAAAACCCAAUACGGAGCUAAAAGAGCCAUCUGGUACAAAACACUGGGCAGUUUUGUAUGUGAAAGACCUGCGCCUCUCAGACGAGGGGAAUUAUGAUUGUCUUGUGAAGCCUGUAGGUGAACCCGGAGUAGCAGCAUUACAGAAAUUAACCGUUAAAGUUCCACCAACGAAACCCCGAAUACGUCCUAUGUCACAGUCCCAAGAAGGCGACAAUAUAACCCUGAGAUGCGACGGAAACGUGGGCAAGCCUAGUGGUAAACUAAAAUGGUAUCGCAAAAGGCGGAAUGGCUAUGGAUUCGAGACUAUAGCCACCAGCAAAUAUCGCUCAAAAUACACACUGAAUCCGAACAAGACUGUCACUGCGACAAGUACACUGACAAUGCAAGUUCUGUCGGAUGAUGACGCCUCAAUCGUGAAAUGCGUCGCUGAAAACGCCGUGCUUUACCCCGGGGAGGAAAAACCAUCACACGAGCUCCCAUUAAACGUUCAAUACCCUCCUUACGGUGGCAAGAUCUUGUUUGAUAGAAGAGCCAAGAUGUACUUCUGCCAGGCUAGAGGCAACCCCGUGCCGACCUAUACUUGGGAACUGAUCAGCAACAACUCGCCAAUCACCGUGAGCACUGAUAAGUAUUUGAACACAUCUGCGAUUGCUGAAAUAAAAAAUACUGGAUUUUACGACUUCAAAUGUAUCGCCGAGAAUCUGGUUAAGGGUAUAAAAAGAGAGAUAUCCCUAACAACCAACUUGUAUGUUCAGAAUUUUCCAGGAUUUGUUAAAAGAGCAACCGUGGCGUCAGCUAUGCCUUCUACAAUUUCCACAAUUUCUACUGUGACACACAAAUCCACAAGAGCUCCGACAGCCAUCCCAUCUACCCAAAGGUCACAUGUGACUGUGAUCUUUAGAGGGGCGCCUCGUGGAGGCAGAAUAGCAGACGCCACAAAAGUUGAUCGUGACAGAAAAACUAAAACUGGUGGUGAGCAUAAUGAAACAACCAAUGGACAAAUACAAAUAGAGGCGGACACACAGCCAAGCACCAUUAGUGAAGAAUUCGAAAAAGGAAAAUACACCACAAGAGGCAGGAUGGGACCUAAUGGUUAUACAAAGCCGAAGUCCACUAAAUUACCAAUCCCCGCUAGCCAUAUAACAACUAAACCACAGAUAAUGAUUACAAGCAGACCACCAACGACCAAGAAUAGUCCAACAACAACAUCAACUACUGAUAUGCAAUUCAAAACAAAAUCGUUAGCACUUGAUCAAAUUUCUCACAGAGCGGGUUCACAAAAGCAAAAUAAACAACCGAAAGGCCAGCUUAUGGAAAAUGCCAACCAACAAGAUGACUAUGAAUGGGAUAAUCCCCUUUAUGAUGCUAGCCCUGAUUGGGAUUUCCAACCCAUUCCUUACGGCGCAUGGUUAGACCAGGACAAACAUCAGCAAAACCAUUAUUACCAAGAGGACAAUGAGUUCCCAGACUAUGGGUUUCAUCGAGGUGACAGAAACGAUCCCUAUUUUGACCAAGCUUAUCCUCCAUUUGCCCCAUCUGAAAGCGGUGAAAAACGUAGAGGGGGACGAAUAUCUCCGAACGCUUCCUAUAGACGAUUACCCUUAAGUACCAGAAACGAAUUUGAAUCCAGAAAGCCUUAUGAUAUUUAUUACGCUAAAGAGAGUUCACGCAACAAGGCAGACAAGAAACUGCCUCCGAAUCCAUACGAACAUCAUAAAUAUCGUCCUGAGACAUCCGAGCCAAACCAACAAAAAUCGCAUCAAAACGCACCUCGUUAUGACAAACCAGAUGAUCAAGUUACAGAAAGCCCCACGAAGAACAGAAACUCGGCUAAUAUCCCGCCACACCCAUAUGAAAAUCAUAAAUAUCGUCCAGAGACAUU